CAACCCUUUGCCUGAUGCUGAUGCUGCCGAUUCCUGCAGCAGGAGGAGGGGGAUACAGGCACUGCAAGCAACAUCCCAGGGUACCACAGGCACGGAAGACUUACCAACCCAGCCGAGAGAGCCAACUGCUCUGCUGCUGUGGGGUGACAAUCUAGGAAAGGCUUCCCCUUUGUGAUCCUUCUUUCGAGAGUGCCUGUGUGCAACCUGCUUUUGCCUCCCUCUGUCUCUCAUUUUUUUCCUUGGGAAUUGCAUCUCCUGCUGCUCUUCACUCCUUCUAGCUACAAAAGCUGCACACCAAGACAGAGUCCCAUUGCCCAGCCAGCAUGACUACUGAAAUCAAUGAAUGCAGCAUCAAGGUGCUUUGUAGGUUCCGGCCCUUGAAUCAGUCGGAGAUCAUACGGGGAGAUAAAUUCAUCCCGGUUUUCCAGGGCGAUGACACCGUCAUCAUUGGGGGCAAGCCUUAUGUCUUUGACCGAGUCUUCCCACCCAACACUACACAGGAACAAGUGUAUCAUGCUUGUGCCAUGCAGAUUGUCAAAGAUGUGCUGGCUGGGUACAAUGGAACCAUCUUUGCCUAUGGGCAGACGUCUUCUGGAAAGACUCACACCAUGGAGGGCAAACUGCAUGAUCCCCAGCUCAUGGGCAUCAUCCCACGCAUUGCCCAGGACAUCUUCAACCACAUUUAUUCCAUGGAUGAGAACCUGGAAUUCCACAUUAAGGUUUCUUACUUUGAAAUCUACCUGGACAAAAUCCGUGAUCUGCUAGAUGUGACGAAGACCAAUCUCUCAGUUCAUGAGGAUAAGAACCGUGUGCCAUUUGUGAAGGGUUGCACUGAACGAUUUGUCUCCAGCCCUGAAGAAAUCCUGGAUGUCAUUGAUGAAGGAAAAUCCAACCGCCAUGUGGCUGUCACCAACAUGAAUGAGCACAGUUCCCGGAGUCACAGCAUCUUCCUUAUCAACAUUAAGCAGGAGAACAUGGAGACUGAGCAAAAACUGAGUGGGAAGCUUUACCUGGUGGAUUUGGCUGGCAGCGAAAAGGUCAGCAAGACUGGAGCUGAGGGAGCUGUGUUGGAUGAGGCCAAGAAUAUCAAUAAAUCUCUGUCUGCACUUGGGAAUGUUAUCUCAGCUCUGGCUGAGGGCACAAAAAGCUACGUGCCCUACCGAGAUAGCAAGAUGACCCGUAUCCUGCAGGACUCCCUCGGUGGGAACUGCCGCACAACAAUGUUUAUCUGCUGCUCUCCUUCCAGCUAUAAUGAUGCUGAGACCAAAUCUACUCUCAUGUUUGGACAGCGGGCCAAGACAAUCAAGAAUACAGCAUCAGUGAAUCUGGAAUUGACAGCAGAACAAUGGAAGAAGAAAUUUGAGAAGGAGAAGGAGAGGAACAAGACCCUCAAGGAGACAAUUGCCAAGUUGGAGGCUGAGUUAGGACGUUGGCGUAAUGGUGAGAAUGUCCCAGAAACAGAGCAGUUGAGUGAUGAGGAGAAGGUGGUACCUGAUAUUUGUGAUGAGACACCCAUUAAUGAUAACAACUCCUCCAUCGUCAUCCGGAUCUCUGAUGAGGAGCGGCAUAAGUAUGAGGAGGAGAUCCGCAAACUCUACAAGCAGCUUGAUGACAAGGAUGAUGAAAUUAAUCAGCAGAGCCAAUUGAUGGAGAAACUAAAGGAGCAGAUGCUGGACCAGGAGGAGCUGCUAAUGUCCACUCGUGGGGACAAUGAAAAAGUGCAACAGGAACUAAGCCAUCUGCAGUCUGAGAAUGAUUCCGCUAAGGAAGAGGUGAAGGAGGUACUGCAAGCUCUAGAGGAGCUGGCUGUCAACUAUGAUCAGAAAUCCCAGGAAGUAGAAGAUAAAACUCAGCAGAAUCAGCUAUUGGUGGAUGAGUUGUCUCAGAAAGUGGCCACCAUGUUAUCUUUGGAAUCAGAGUUGCAGCGCCUACAGGAAUUCAGUGCGCAUCAGCGCAAACGCAUUGCUGAGGUCCUCAAUGGCCUUAUGAAAGAUCUGAGUGAAUUCAGCGUCAUUGUGGGCAAUGGUGAGAUCAAACUGCCAGUAGAAAUUAGUGGUGCCAUUGAGGAAGAAUUUACUGUUGCCCGGCUCUACAUCAGCAAGAUCAAAUCAGAAGUGAAAUCAGUUGUGAAACGUUGCCGUCAGCUGGAAGGUCUUCAAGUUGAGUGCCACCGCAAGAUGGAGGUGACAGGACGGGAAUUAUCUUCUUGCCAGCUUCUCAUUUCUCAGCAUGAAGCCAAGAUCCGUUCACUUACUGAGUACAUGCAAAGUGUGGAGCUGAAGAAACGGAACCUGGAGGAAUCUUAUGAUGCUCUGAAUGAAGAGUUGGCUAAAUUGCAGGCCCAAGAGACUGUGCAUGAAGAAGCCAAUGAGCAGGACCUGAUACAAGAUACAGAUGAAGUCAAAGUUAGUACAAGAGAUAAGAAGGCCUUGGAAGUGCAGCUAGAGAAUCACCGUGAAGCCCACCACAAACAGUUGGCACGACUACGUGAUGAGAUCAACCAGAAGCAGAAAAUCAUCGAUGAGCUUAAAGACUUAAACCAGAAAUUAGAACUUGAACUGGAGAAACUUCGUGCUGACUAUGAGAAACUCAAGAACGAGGAGCAAGAGAAAUCACAAAAGCUUCAGGAGCUGACAUUUCUCUACGAGCGCCAUGAGCAGUCCAAGCAAGACCUCAAGGGGCUGGAGGAGACCGUUGUAAGCAUCCCAAAAGGCAGUGUUCUCUCAUCACUGGCCCGUGAACUCCAGACCCUCCACAACCUUCGCAAGCUGUUCGUUCAAGACGUCACGACUCGAGUUAAGAAAAGUGCGGAGUUGGAACCCGAGGACAGUGGGGGGGCUCAUUCCCAGAAACAGAAGAUUUCCUUUCUUGAGAACAACCUGGAACAGCUUACAAAAGUUCACAAACAGCUGGAUCGCUGGGUCUCCAAGCUGGUUCGUGACAAUGCAGAUCUGCGUUGUGAGCUUCCUAAACUGGAGAAACGUCUUCGGGCUACGGCUGAGAGAGUUAAGGCCCUGGAGGGUGCACUGAAGGAAGCCAAGGAAGGGGCAAUGAAAGACAAGCGCCGCUACCAGCAGGAGGUAGAUCGCAUCAAGGAAGCGGUGCGCUACAAAAACAGCAUGAAGCGCAACCACUCUGCGCAGAUUGCUAAACCAGUGCGACCAGGGCACUAUCCAGCUUCAUCCCCGACCAAUCCUUACGGUGUCCGUAAUUCUGAUUGCAUCAGCUACACCAAUAGCCUCUUCCAGAAUUAUCAAAAUGCUUACCUGAAUUCUGGCAGCACUGUGCCUGACAGCUACUUUACAAAUGCACCUUCCAGCAGUGGAAGCAGCUCGUCAGGUGCCCCUCUGACCUCCUAUCAGAAGCUCAAUAUGGAUAAUGGAAAUGCCACAGACAUCAAUGAUAACAGAAGUGACCUGCCUUGUGGUGUUGAAGCUGAUGAGCAAGCCAAGCUCUUUCCCUUUCACCAGGAGACUGCAGCCAGCUAAUAGCUAAUAUCACCACCUGCCCAGAGCAUCUAAACACAACCGUUAGUUUCUAAAUGGGAUGGAAGCCUCAAUCCUGCAUGCUGCAGCCGGCUUUCCUUGACUUCUGCUACAAUUGGCCCUGUCCUUGUGUCCUGCUCUCUCCGUGUCCUGUAUAUUUAUCAGCUGCUGCUUCACUCUCACUGUUUCUCUGUCUUACUUAACUAGAGAAUAAUGUAUUCCCUUAUCUCUUUGGAUCCCUGCUCCCUACUUCAGGAGGACUUGUGCCUCUCCUUUCCUGCCUCAGUUGCCUUAAGGGAUGGGCUGCUAGGGAAGAACCUAGAUGUAGAAGCACCCCUAAUGUGCAAACAAUUCUUACCGAAGAGAAAGGGCAUAAGGUAUUUCCCACGUGACAUAAUGACCCUUGACCUGCAGUAGAACACCACUAACCCCAAUAUCUUUAGGUCUUACUGUAAGAAUAGAAGUUGAAUACCUCCAAGUAGGUAGGCUAGAACUGUUAGUGUAUGUGUUUGCUGACUUUCAGAUAAGGCCUAGAGCUUUAGUAUCUAGUUCUUAUCCUUUGGGGUAAUCCUCAAAGAAUAUAAAAUAUUGGCAGCUAGCUUCACCUUUAGGAGUUUCCCAUGAUGCUUGAGCCUCAGCCUUUAUGGACUUAAAUUUCCCAUUUUUCUUAGGUCGUCAUGGCACUUCAGAAAUGGCCUGGAAAGUCUUCUACAGAAAGGAGAUCCUGCUAGUCAUUUCCGUCAGUUGAUACAAUGUUAGGAAUGCUGCCUAUCCUGAGCAGUUAUUGUUUCCUCAGUGGGAACAGAAGGUUCCAAUGGGUGAGGAGGAUCUUAUCCGUGGAGACCAUAACUCCUCUAUGAGCCAGCAACAUGGCCUCAGGAAUAUAAGUUGGCCCCAUUUCAUUCUGUAAACAGGAAACUGGAUAGUAGUUUUGCUUUUGCAGGGCAGACCUGUUGGAUUUGACAGGUAAUUCUCUAGCAAGUCCUAACCACCAUAACCACUGCAUAUCUGGGGCACAGGCUGGGGGCUAAUGAUUCUGUAAAUGAAACAAAAAUUAGGCUGCUAUCAACAUAUUUUCAGUUGUUCCCUUUUAUUAUCUCUUGAUAGCUGGCUCAGGGGCCUUUCAUUUGUGCUCCCAUGUGUAUAUUUUGAGGGAACAGUGAGUCCACUGCACAUCUUUAACUUAAUGUCACCACUUCUGAGUCAAUAGGGCAAACAGGGUUGGGGGGGGGGCAGGGAAAGUGGCUUUUACAAAGGAUUGCAAGCCUCUUUCCUGUCGAACUAUUAAACAGCAAUAACCCUGUUUAACUGUCUUCUUGAUGGUUGUUGACAUCCCGUCAUUUUAUCCGUCUGCUCAGAUCACAUCAAAUGUUGCAUGUCAAGCUAUUCAAAAGUUUAUUUAAAAAAAAAAAUAAACGAAGAGUUAAAAAAAAUAACA